GUGGAGCAGAAGGAAUAAUAGCGCGAUGCAUGGUGGGUGAAAGCAGCGCGCUCAAAUGGUGGGGACCUCCUACUUGGCGGACGUCAAGAGGAAAGGCACCCACGCCUCUUCUGCUGCAGCCCCGGCUUGCAACAGAGCACCAUGAUGUGGCAGUUCAUAACCAUUGCUUAUUUAAUGUACAUCAGUGAGAAGUCAGAUGCGAGCCCUGAGGUGUCCACGGAUGUUGGUGAAAUUAUCCGCUACCAUGGGUACCCCUUCGAGGAGCAUGAAGUGGUGACAGAGGACGGCUAUUACCUCACCAUGCAGAGGAUUCCUCAUGGCAGAGACAACGCAGGAAGCACGAGCACCUCCCGCAAGGCAGAGGCACAGGGGUCCAGCAUGUUCUGCCCCCCUCCAAAGCCUGCUGUCCUUCUGCAGCAUGGCCUGGUGUUGGAGGGAAGCAUCUGGCUUAUCAACUUACCCAACAACAGCCUGGGCUUCAUCCUUGCUGAUGCCGGCUACGAUGUCUGGAUCGGAAACAACCGAGGAAACAGCUGGUCACGAAAGCACAAAGAGUUUGAGUUUCACCACCAGGAAUACUCAGCUUACAGCUUUCAUGAGAUGGCCAUGUAUGACCUUCCAGCAAUGAUCAACUAUAUUCUGCGGGAAACCGGACUGGAGCAGUUAUACUACGUGGCUUACUCUCAAGGCACCACCACAGGUUUCAUUGCGUUUUCAUCCAUUCCUGAGCUGGAUCACAAAAUCAAGAUGUUUUUUGCCUUGGCUCCUAUCACCACAAACUCAAAUACUAAGUCACCCUUGGUAACGGCAUUGCACCUUCCUGAGGGGCUUAUUAAGUUUAUUUUAGGACGCACAAUGAUCUUCGAUAAGGGUGAGGUCCUGCAGCAAGUGACUUCCACGCUGUGCGGCUACCCCAUCUUUAAAAGCCUUUGCUCCUUGCUCAUUUCCUUGCCUGGUGGGUUUUCCAACAGCUUAAACAUGAGCCGCAUAGAUGCCUACCUGUCCCACUACCCUGAUUCAACAUCUCUACAAAAUAUCUUACAUUGGCGCCAGAUCUAUCAAACAGGAGAAUUCAAAUGUUAUGAUUACGGAAGUGACAACAUGAUUCAUUACAACCAGACAACACCUCCCGUCUAUAAGGUGGAAAAUAUGAAAGCCCCCUUAGCUGCAUGGUACGGUGGCAGGGACUGGCUUUCAUCCCUUGAAGACGUAAACCUCGUACUGCCUCGUAUCACCAACGUGACGUACAAAAAAUACAUUCCUGAGUUUACCCACUUCGAUUUCAUUUGGAGUGUGCAAGCGUAUGAACAAGUGUACAAAGAAAUUCUUGAACUGUUGGAGAGGAGCACCUAGAGUCAGACCAGCGGCAGAAAUUGUUGGCUUCUCAUUUGACAUCUGGGGCUUUUUUUAUUGAAAAAAUAGGAAAAAAAAAAUGGGAAAAACAAAAAGGCAAAGGAAAGGCUCAUUAAAAUGCUGCACUUCGAUUGGACUGAUGUUACUCUGGCAAGUGAGGAAAACAAACUAAUCCAAUGAUCAGGAAAGCACAUAGGAUUUAGAUUAAAUAGGUUGAGAUCCGAGCAGAAAUCGGGCAUGGCCCUUGGACCCUGAGUCUCCCAGUGCCUCACUCACGUGUGUUUCCAGCAACAAGAAAUAUCAGUGGAAUUUGGACUCUGGUCAUGGUUGAAGGCUCUGGUCUCCCUACGCUUGUGUUCUCAGCUGCAAACACCUGGAGAGCAGCUCAGCUCCCUCCUGAACACUGAUGUUCCAUGAGAGUAGGUGUGCUCAGAUGGGACCACGUGGUGGGUAGGGCAAUGAAUCCUGCUGAGGUAGGUUUAUCCACCUUCUAGUGACUCUUCCAUGGCAAGAAUCCAAACACCCUGACAUUCAUUGCUUUCCAUUCUGAAGGGGCUAGAAACUUUGUGCCUGGAGGCAGCAAAUAGAGCUUGUAGGUUUUUGUUUGUUGGGUUUUUUGGGGGAAGGAGGGUAUGAGAAUUGUCCAUUUAGCAAACAUAGAGAACAUCUUUCUCAACUUCAUGCUGGCUCAGGCAACACCAAUCUUGCUCCUUCACGAAAGAAUCAUCAAUAAACUCUACCAGAAAACACCAUUUUGCACCAUUGUAAGCAAUGUUCCUAAAGCACAAACCCAGCUGGAAAGUCCACCUUUUGCCAACUCUGAGGAAAUAUUUUUGGUUUUCCUGUGUAGGAGAGGGAAGAAAAGUCUGAUGGAAGCCAGUAAUGAGUCUAACUCUCUUUCCAGCUUCUGGAUUAUACUUGUUAAAAAUAGAUUGGUUAUUGGAGGAACUGUGAAUUUGCCUGUUUGUGCGAUUAUAUUCUUAAAAAUGCUUAGCAGCAAGCUAAGGGCAAAGGAUAGGGCCCUCUUUCCACAAAGAUGUACAAAUAGCAGUAGUAGUAGUAAUAAUAAUAACAAUAAUAAUAAUAAAGUAGGAUAGGGUCCACUGUGUGGUUGUGCUGCCUUAAGCCUCCAGAGGAGGAUGGGAAGGGCUCAGCAGAGAUGUCUUGCCACGUGCAGGCAAGGGAGAGCUACUUGUCCAAUGCUUCCUCUGCUCAGGGAUAACUUUCAGUGGUUUCUAACACUGGUUUUCAGUCUACCCAUCCCUCACGAUGCAACUAGCAUCCUCCACCGCACGCCCCGUGGGGAAGAAAGGGCUGACAGAGGGCAGAUCGAGGGGCAUCAAGUCCAGCACAGCUGCUCUCCGGAGGCGAACACUGUGGAUCUUGGGGGCACAUUUCCAUCCAAGUGUCUGGAGAUGGUGAGACAGGGCUGUUGAUGCACAUCCUUGUAGGACAACUGCAGUAGAUUCUGAGUUAUCACCAAAGGUGACGGCUGUAAAGGUGUUUCACUACCCACUUUUACAGCUAGAACUGACCACAGAAGAAAACAGGAUAGGGUGAGGUGACCUCAGGGUGUACGAAUUAGGUUAUAGGUUAGAUAUGAUCUAUCUGGAACAAUGGUGAUUAGCUACCUCACUUAGUAUAUUUGUAAUGACUUCUUUGUAUAUUUGUAAUGACAUCUUUUUCCACGUGAUAGUUAUUUACGACAGAGCUCUGCCCCGGAGCAGUACACUUACGGGACUGCACUGUGUUCAUGCCAUGGAUAUCAACGCAAAUGCAAAACAGCUUUUCUGUCUUUGCAAAUAAACACCCAAAGCUUGGCAAGGCGUUUCCUCAAGAGACUUCCAGAAAACUUUCAAGAACUUCUCUGUAUUUAGUUCAAAAGCACUAACUUUUUACUUCUGAAAGUAUUUAAGAACUGGAAGGUUUAGUCUCUUCCGGAUCGGGUUAUAAUGUUUCUGCCACUUCUGUAAUUAUCUGAUGCAGCGUUUGUAUUGCACUGUCUUCAGUCACUGGCAGUCGCCCAUCAUGGAGUGUUUGGGUGAAGUUCUCUCUCAGUCAGGUUCUGGAAGUGCUCUGCUCCAAAGGAUUAACAGCUGUUGAAGAAGUUCAUUUUGGAAGCGAACAGAACAGUGAAUAAUCGAGGUUCUUUUAGCAUAAAUAUUGUGAUGUUCUGUCAUCUGUGAUUGCCUUGAUUAAUAAAUAGA